AUGGCCUCAGGGUUCAUCCUCCUUGCCCUUUUGGCUUUGUCAGCUUCUAGUGCUCUUGCCUCCGACCCAGGCCAGCUCCAGGAUUUCUGCGUCGCUGACAGGACAUCCCAAGUUUUCGUCAAUGGAUUUGCAUGCAAAGACCCAAAGACUGCCUUGGUAGAAGAUUUCUUUUUCUCUGGCCUUCACAUGGCCGGGAACACGAGCAACAAGCAAGGUUCCGCAGUUACCGCAGUUAAUGUGGCGCAAAUUGUUGGGUUGAACACUUUGGGCAUCUCCCUGGCUCGUGUCGAUUAUGCACCCUAUGGUCAAAACCCACCACAUAUCCACCCCCGUGCAACCGAGAUCCUGACCGUGCUGGAAGGCUCGCUCUAUGUUGGUUUCAUCACCUCGAACCCUGAAAACAAGUUGUUCUCAAAAGUUCUUAACAAAGGGGAUGUGUUUGUGUUUCCACAAGGGAUGAUUCACUUUCAGCUCAACUACGGAACCAACAAGGCGAUAGCCAUUGCAGCGCUGAGCAGCAAAAAUCCUGGAGUGAUCACCAUAGCCAGUACAGUGUUUGGAUCGAAUCCAUCCAUCUCAGGUGAUAUACUUGCCAAAGCCUUCCAGGUGGACAAGAAGAUGGUCGACCAUAUUCAAGCUCAGUUCUAG